UAUUAAUCUAACAUUGCUGAUAAUCACAUCAGUCUUCUAAGUGUGGUCAAGGAAAGCUUUUAGGAUGAAAUUUUGGGUACUGCUCAUGUUGUGCGCUGUGUGCGCUGCAGCACCAUCGGCCAUAGAAAAUGAGGAGGCUUUCUCUAUUGAGAGCCAAGAUAUGGAGACGAUGGAUGCCAGCUCGCGCAACAUUCUCGUUAAUGCCCUCAUCCGACAGAUGUUCGCGUACAUCCGUUACGUGAUCAGGAACGGAUCCGCCAUAUUCAAGACUCCACCGCUCGACCCUCUAGAUUUGGAACACAUGCACGUCUACAUACCUGCGUUACUACUCAACUUGGACUUAAACCUGAAGGGAAUUCGCUCCACCGGUAUCGGAGAUUUCGUGGUACACAGGAGCCACUUGAAUUUGGCGGAACUUACUUUCGAUAUCGACAUCUCAGUUCCCAAUAUCUACAUUAGUGCUGCACAUUAUGAUUUAGUCGGGGAUCUCUUCACAGCUAUUCCUCUUUACGGAGAAGGUGUGGCAAGAUUCGAGGUAGAAGAAUUCAGAAUGCGCGCGAAGCUCUUCUUGAAACAGUCAGAAGAUGGAAAAUCCGUAAUCAUCGACAGAAUCGAGUCUCCUUCCUUCGAAAUUCCUAAAUUGAAGUCCGGCUUGACGGGCGUGAUUGGCGGCGGAGACAUCGACGCUAUUGUGAACGCGAUCACUGAGGACGUCAUCAUGGGCUACGUGAACCGGUUCCAGGGUGUAAUCUCGCAAAUCUUCUCCAAAGCCGUCAUCCUUGUGGGCAACCCGAUCUUGGAGCAACUCGACACGUGGAGGUUUAUCGCUCCUUUCAUACCGAGGCCGCGUCCUUAGGUAAUGAGAGACACGAUCCGGCCAACCUUCCAUAAACGAAAUGACAUGUAUUUUUUAUAAAAAAUAAUAAUACUGCUUUGUUUUGUAUUUUUAUGGUGAUAUUAAUACAAUUAUAAUCGGGC